AUGGGCUGUAUCCAGAGCAUCACCUGCAAGGCGCGGAUCCGGCGGGAGAACAUCGUGGUAUACGAUGUUUGCGCCACCAUCGACCAGUGCCCCACGCUCAUCGAGGAAAGCUCGCCCAUCGUCUUGCGGUACAAGACACCUUACUUCAAAGCCUCCGCCCGGGUGGUCAUGCCCCCCAUCCCCCGCAACGAGACCUGGGUAGUAGGCUGGAUUCAAGCCUGCAACCAGAUGGAGUUCUUCAACACGUACGGCGACCUGGGCAUGUCAAGCUGGGAACUGCCGGAUUUGAGGGAAGGGAGAGUAAAAGCCAUCAGUGACUCAGAUGGGGUGAGCUAUCCUUGGUAUGGGAAUACUACCGAAACUGUGACCCUGGUCGGCCCCACCAACAAGAUCUCCAGGUUCUCAGUUAGUAUGAAUGACAAUUUCUACCCCAGUGUAACGUGGGCUGUUCCUGUGAGUGACAGCAAUGUUCCACUGCUGACGAGGAUCAAGAGGGACCAAAGCUUUACCACCUGGCUAGUGGCCAUGAACACAACCACAAAAGAGAAGAUUAUCCUACAGACCAUCAAGUGGAGGAUGAGAGUGGACAUUGAGGUGGAUCCCCUGCAACUUCUGGGGCACCGAGCCCGGCUGGUGGGCAGGACUCAGCAGGAACAGCCUAAGAUCCUGAAUCGAAUGGAACCCAUCCCCCCCAAUGCACUAGUGAAGCCCAAUGCCAAUGAUGCCCAAGUCCUCAUGUGGAGACCGAAGCGAGGACAGCCUCUGGUUGUGAUUCCUCCUAAAUAG